UGGGAAGCAGGUUAGGGUACGCAGAGUACAAAACACAUAACCAAACAAGAAAUAUCAAACACAAGCUACCAUUAAUAGAAGAGGCACAAAGUGCUGUCAUCUCGACUUCUUCCAUCUAGCUGCAGGUCAAUCACUCAACCGGUACUGGUUGAGCACUUGAGCCAGGAUUAACCUGCAUAUGUUAGUGGAACACACGGAUCGAUUAACCAAAUGGAGCCAUUAACAUGACUGUAAUUAUGUAUAAUUCUUUCACUGUUCCAACUUCUAACCCAUCUUGAGAUAUUAUCCAUCGUUGAUUACUUCUUGGCUUGUACGAUCAGCUCAUAAGACCACAUUGAGGGUUCCUUAGCAAUGACAACUUCAAUUUCCUCUACUGAAAGCCGCACUCACAUUAAGCACAGAUAGUCAACAAUGUUUCUCCUGUUGAAACAUGGAAGGGCCGAAGGGUGUCACAAGUUUCCUCUUACAUUUAGGAGACACUUUCCCAAGCAUAUUGUGAAUCCCUAUUGCAUUAGUUUUCCAAUUCUAAACCGGAAAAGGAAUAGCCACAGAAACAUAAUAUAAAUAGGGGGCAGGGGGCAAGGCUUAUUCACAUCUCAAAUCUUCUAAAGACUUUGAAAAGCACUCAAAUCUCCCAAACCCUCAAACCUUGAAACCAAUAACCAUGUCGACUGAAAUUGGGAACAAGAAGCUAACCCUGACCAGCUGCGACGGAGAUGAUUUCCAGAUUAGAGAGGCGGUUGCCCUUGAAUCGCAGACCAUCAAGCACAUGGUGGAGGACGGCUGCGCCGAUAAUGCGAUCCCCUUGCCCAACGUCACCGGCGCCAUCCUAGCCAAGGUCAUCGAGUACUGCAAGAGGCACGUUGAGGACAAGGAAAGCAAGAAUGAAGACAAUAAGAAUGAUCAGGAGGAGUCUCUCAAGGAAUUCGACGCCGAUUUCGUGGACGUCGACCAGGGCGUCCUGUUCGAUCUGAUAUUGGCAGCAAACUAUCUGAACAUCAAGGGGCUGCUGGACUUGACAUGCCAGACUGUGGCAGACAUGAUAAAGGGAAAGACUCCCGAACAAAUUCGCGAGAAAUUCAACAUCAAGAAUGACUUCACUCCUGAGGAAGAAGAGGAGGUUCGAAGGGAGAACGCAUGGGCUUUUGAGUGAAGCAACAAAGCUGUGAUUGCAAAGCUGCUGAUCCAUAUAUAUCUACAACA